AUGUAUUCAGCAUCGCAACCAACACUGGAACGCCCAGAGCGUUUAGAACGUCCUUCUCUGUCAUAUGGCAACUCCUAUAAUGGGAAUAAUCAAAAUCAACCACAAUCUUCAUCCACAGUACAACAAGUUGGUCAACCGCUACCGCAGCCUAUACCUCAACAACAACAUCCUGGAUCUCAAGGUACCCCUCCACCAAAUAGAAGAAGAGGAUCUUCUCUGGGGAAUUUUACUUCAAAUCUAUUUUCAAAUAUAACAAGUUCUUUAAGAAAUAAUUCUUCAUCAAAUUUGAAUUCAAAUGGUCAAAAUCGUUCAAGAGCAAGUUCAACUUCAAGAUCAAAUUACCAAUCAAAUAAUAAUUCACAUUCUCAAGUAAAUAUACAAAGAGGUAAUAGUGCAGGAAAUGUACCAUUAUAUUCACAAUCUCAUACCCCAUCAAAUUUAAAUCAUGAACAUUCAACAUCAACUCCACAAUCUGCAAAUAACAUCACCAUGGAGGGCGCUACACAUUAUUUUGAUAAUUCAGCAUUAGCAACAACUCCAAUCGAAGAUUCAAGAUUAUUACAAGGUCAAACAAGAGCAAAUUCACUGGCUAUUCAACAAAAUAAACAAGAUCCAGAUGGAACUUAUUCUAUAAGAUUAACUCCAUUUAUUGAUCAUAGUUCAUCUUCAACUGGGUUAUAUUUUAGUCCUGUAUUGAGGAAAACUAAACCAGGCUCUAAAUUAUCAUUAGGUAGAUAUACUGAUAAAGUUAGAGAAGCCGCUCAAGCACCACCAGGUUCAGAUUUACCAGUUGUUUUCAAAUCAAAAGUUGUUUCAAGAACUCAUGCUGAAUUCAUUGUUGAUUAUGAAGGAAAUUGGUUUAUUAGAGAUUUAAAAUCUUCUUCAGGAACUUUUUUAAAUCAUAUUAGAUUAUCACCUGCAAGUGUUGAAAGUGCAAUUACACCAAUAAAUAAUGGAGAUGUAUUACAAUUAGGUAUGGAUUUUAGAGGUGGUGUAGAGGAUAUUUUCAAAUGUGUUAAAAUGAGAGUUGAAAUGAAUAAAUCAUGGCAAAGAAAAGCAAAUCAAUUUAAUAAAGAAGCUCAUGAAAGAUUAAGAACUUUAGCACUGAAUAAUAACUCAACUGAAUUAAGUGAAUGUGCUAUAUGUUUAUUAAAAGUUAAACCUUGUCAAGCUGUUUUCAUAAGUCCUUGUUCUCAUUGUUGGCAUUAUAAAUGUAUACGACCAAUUGUUGUUAAAAGUUAUCCACAAUUUUUAUGUCCAAAUUGUCGUGAAACUUGUGAUUUAGAAGCUGAUCUGGAUGAAGAUGAAGAAUCUUCUGAAUCUGAAGAUGAAUCAAUGAAUAAUGCAAGUCAAGAUGAUCUGAAUAAUGGUCCUACUAAUGUUGGAUCAAAUAAGAAUCAAAAUAAAUCUAAUAGUUCAGGUUCUGCUGAAGAUUUAAUACUGGAAGAAGAACUGUCAAAUGAAGAAUAA